AAAUGGCGCGUCUUGAAACGCUGUAGCGAUUGGCGUUGGCGACCACCACAAGUAGCCGUCGCUACAAACCACGGUGCGCAGCGCAUCCAAGCAAACAAACCAAUCACACGAGACGCAGCCGACGAACGCGUCCAUGGCCACCGCCUGGCCACGGUGGCGGCCGUCCUCGCCGCCGAUGCCGUCCUCGUCGUCGUCGUCGCCGUCGUCGUCGUUCACGGCGGACCCGCCGGCGGAGUUCCUCUGCCCGAUCUCCGGGACGCUGAUGGCGGACCCGGUGGUCGUCCCGCCGGGGCAGACGUUCGAGCGCGCCUGCAUCCAGGCGUGCGCCGCGCUCGCCUUCUCCCCGCCGGCCGUCGCCGCCGACCUCUCCUCCCUCCCGCCCUCCGCCUCCUCCCCUCUCGUCCUCGUCCCCAACGUCGCGCUCCGCACCGCCAUACUCAACUGGUGCGACCGCCUCUCCCUCCCCUACCCCGCCCCUCUCUCCCCCGACACCGCGCGCGACGUCGUCCGCCGUCUCAUGCCCUCGCCACCGCCUCCCCCGCCGAGGUCGCAGGCGCCGCCGCCCCCGCCGCCGGCCUCCUCCGUCCGGACGAGGAGCUACUACAGCGACGACCUCGUGCAGCAGCAGCAGGAGGCGAGGCGGGAGGGUGGGUCUACGGAGGAGAGGAUCAUGGCCAUGCUCGGCGCUGGCCCCGCGGAGCAGGAGGCGGCGAUGGCGUUGCUGCGGAAGAUGGCGCGGGAGAACAGGGAGAUGCGGAGGGAGCUCUGCACGCCGCGGCUCCUCGCCGCGCUCCGCCCGAUGCUGCUGUCCGGGGACGCCGGGGUCCAGGUCAACGCGGCGGCGGCGCUGGUCAACCUGUCGCUGGAGGCGGAGAACAAGGUGCGGAUCGUGCGGUCCGGGGCGGUGUCGCCGCUGGUGGAGGUGCUCCGCAGCGGCCACCCGGAGGCGCGGGAUCACGCCGCGGGCGCCGUAUACAGCCUCGCCGUGGAGGACGAGAACCGCGCGGCCAUCGGCGUGCUCGGCGCGAUCCCGCCGCUCCUGGAGCUCUUCGCGUGCGCCGGCGCCGCCCACCUCGCCCGCCGCGAGGCCGGCAUGGCGCUGUACCACGUCUCCCUCUCCGGGAUGAACCGGUCCAAGAUCGCGCGCACGCCGGGGGUGGUGCGGACGCUGCUCGCCGCGGCGGAGGCGGCGAGGGACGACCGCGCCAACGAGGCCGACGCCGCCGCCCUCCGCAGGAUCGCCGUGAUGAUCCUCGCGAACCUCGCCGGCUGCCCGGACGGGAGGACCGCGCUGAUGGACGGCGGCGCGGUGGCCGCCGUGGUGAGGCUGAUGAGCAGCGGCUCCGCCGCGCCGGGGAGCGCGGAGGAGGAGUACUGCAUCUCGUCGCUGUACGGGAUGAGCCGGGGGAGCCUGAGGUUCCGAGGGCUCGCGCGCGCCGCCGGCGUCGAGGCCGCGCUCACGCCGGUGGCCGAGGGCGCCGGCGGCGUGGGCCGGGACAUGGCGCGGCGGACGCUCCGGGCGAUGCGCGGGGAGGACGACGAGGCGGCGGUCACGGCCACGGGGCUGCUCGGCCGGCAGUGGGACGACGGGAGCGUCGUGUCGGAGGGGCUCGUGUCGAUCCGGCGGCCGCCGCCGCGCCGGAGCAGCUACGGCGCCGGGGCGUCCGGGUCAAACACCACGCAGUUCUGAAAAGUCAAAGUCUUCGCUUCUCUUCUUUUAUUUCUUUCUUUUUUAUUUCUUUUUUUUUUUGCUGGCUCUUGUUGAAGUAUUUGGAACUGUAUUUGCCAUAGGCCCCAAAAAAUCUGGUGGUUAACUACUUCUGAUGAAUGGUGUUGGUGUAAUUGGAUGGUGGAUUCUUUUGUUGGAAUUAAGCUGUAAUUUAAUUGGAUCUUUGCACAUGUUAAAUUCUUUAUGACUGAAUAGUGGAACCUAGAACUGUGACACCUAUCCAAAUUAGGUCUGUACAUUAAUCCAUCGGUUCUCUUAGAAGGUAUGUAUGUAUGUAUGUGUUACUGGGAUUUCUGAGUUCUUUUUCCUGUUCUUGUGAAAUAUUUGGGAUGUCGGUGUUCUUUUUUUCUAAAAAUAA